AUGCUGCAAGUGUCCCAGUUCCGCGCGCUGCGCCGCUCGACGGCGGCGCCGAGCCGCGCCCAGCUGCUGCUGGCGCGCGCCUUCGCCUCCGAGGGCGAGGCGGCCGUGUGCAAGGACGAGAUGCUGCGCGCGCUCGACAAGUUCCAGAAGGAGUCGGCCAGCAAGACGGUGCCGUGGUUCCUGGAGAACAUGCCGCCCGCCUACUUCCGCUCCAUCCACGAGGAGGACCGCGUCCAGCACCUCAACGCCAUCACGGCGCUCGUGGGCGCGCAGCAGCCCGAGGUCAUGCUGCGCUCCGGGGACCAGAAGGUCUUCUCGCACUUCCGCUCGGGCGCCAACUUCCCCGGCCGCCUGGCCAACGUGCUGGAGCAGCUGCCGCAGACCGUGGACGGCGCCACGCUGGCGCGCGUCAAGAUCUUCACGGCGAUGGACGACUCGCUGGGGCUCGACAUCUUCCGCUUCGGCCAGCAGGAGCCCUUCCUCAACCAGACGGAGGACGAGAAGCUCGCGCGCGCCACCAUCCAGCGCUUCUGCGCCGAGAUCCAGGCGGGCAAGUACGCCGGUGACCAGAGCUACCCGGCGCCCGGCCCGCACUUCGAGCCCGAGGCCGUGGACACGUUCCUCAACCACAGCAACACCAUGUACGUGCAGUUCAGCAACCCGCGCCGCCUCGCGUCGCAGAUGGAGCUCUUCAGCCGCGUGCGCGGCACCGAGGGCGUCGCCGUGGACGUCGAGCACAAGUGGGAGACCCGCAGCGAGGAGAACAAGCUCGCCAGCAGCGGCGUGUCCCAGACGAUGCUGACCAUUGCGGCGUCCAACGUCAUCCCCAAGAGCUUCAUGCAGAAGGCGGCCACGUACCUCGGCCUGUGCAACCUCAACGUGAUGCGCGCCCACCUGGACGUGGUUAAGGACCCCAAGAACAACGGCCACGUCGCCAUGAUCCGCAUCCUCGUGCAGCCCAGCCAGGAUGCCCUGAAGGAGAACUUCCAGUUCGAGUGGACCAAGAUCUCGGGCAACCUCAAGUACCUCAAGUGGGUGGACGACCGCCCCGUGCACCUGACGCUGCAGCACCCGGACCUGGGCCUCUCGCGCUCGGAGCUCAUCUACGCCUACGGCAACAUGCUGCACGGCGUGCUGGCAAAGAAGGACCCGUUCGCGUACUCGCUCACGCGCAUCAUGGAGACGCUCGAGCACGAGCAGCACCUUCCGCUGGCCUCGCGUAUUGCCGACCUCUUCCUCGACAAGUUCGAUCCGCAGCGCGAGAGUCCCAUGACGGACGCCGAGCAGGACGCGAUCGUGGACGAGCUGAAGAAGGAGAUCCGCCGCAACUGCGAGCACGAGGACGCCAUCCUGCUGCUCAACAGCAUGGCGGACGCCGUGCGUGGCACGCUGCGCACCAACAAGUUCGUGCGCGACCGCUACGCGCUGUCGCUGCGCAUGGACCCCAAGGUCAUGGGCUACGGCACUGUGGGCAAGGACACGCCCUACGGCGUCUUUUUCAUCUACGGCCGUCGCUUCAAGGGCUUCCACGUGCGCUUCCGUGACAUUGCUCGCGGUGGCCUCCGAAUGGUCUACCCGAGCUCGACGGACGCCCACGCUCUCGAGAGCGCUCGCCAGUACAACGAGGCGUACAACCUUGCCUUCGCCCAGCAGCUCAAGAACAAGGACAUUCCCGAGGGAGGCUCCAAGGCUGUCGUGCUGUGCGACCCUAUCGUCGGCCCCGUUGGCGACGUUGCCCCGCGUGACUUCAUCAUCCGCAAGAGUGUCAAGGCCUUCUCGGACGCGUUGCUCGACCUGAACACCACGGACGAAGCUGUGAAGGAGAAGAUCGUGGACUACUACGGCCAGGACGAGCUUAUCUACCUCGGCCCGGAUGAGAACAUCAUCCCGGAGGACAUCACGUGGAUGACGAACCGUGCUGCCUACCGCGGCUACCCGAUCCCGCGCGCCUUCAUCAGCUCCAAGCCUGACGCUGGCUUCAACCACAAGGUGUACGGUGUUACGAGCGAGGGUGUCGCCGUCUUUGCCGAUGUUGCCCUGCGCUCGCAGAACAUCGACCCCACCAAGCAGCCGUUCACGGUCAAGAUCACGGGCGGAACUGACGGUGACGUUGCUGGCAACGUUAUCAAGAUCCUGCACCGCGAGUACGGCAACAACCUCCGCGUUGUCGGCAUUUGCGACGGCACGGGAGUUGUUGAGGACCCGCAGGGCCUGGACAUGACGGAGCUGCUGCGUCUGGUGCACGAGUCGCUGCCGCUGUCGAGCUUCGACGCGUCCAAGGUCUCGGCCACUGGUGUCAAGCACGACAUCAACACGCAGGAGGGCAUCCGCGCCCGUAACUCGAUGCACAACCGCGUCAAGAGCGACCUGUUCAUCCCCGCUGGUGGCCGUCCCAACACCAUCAACGAGAACAACUGGCGCGACUACCUGGACGCCGACGGAAAGCCUUCCUCGGGUCUGAUUGUGGAGGGCGCCAACCUGUUCAUCACGCCUGAGGCUCGCCAGCUGCUGUUCGACAACGCCGGCGUGGUGAUCGUCAAGGACAGCUCGGCCAACAAGUGCGGCGUGGUGUGCUCGUCGUACGAGAUCGUGGCCAGCAUGCUGCUGGAGACGGACGAGUUCCUGGCUGUCAAGGACGAGCUGGUCGUUGAAGUCGUCGACAAGCUGCGUGCUCUGGCGCGCGUGGAGGCCCAGCUGCUCUUCCGCGAGUACAAGAAGGACCCGACGUCGGCGCUUCCUCCUGCCAGCGAGCGUAUCAGUCGCGCGAUCACGCGCGUGCACGACGCCGUCCUGGCCCACUUCGACGACGUGUGCGAGGCCGACCAGCAGAUCCUGUUCACGCUGAUCGAGGAGCACCUGCCGCCCAAGCUCCGCGAGCUGGCGCUGGAUCGCGUGCAGCAGAACGUGCCGCUGGCCUAUCUGCGCUCGAUCGUGGCCUCGAGCCUGGCCAGCAAGAUCGUCUACCGCGAGGGCCUCCAGUUCACGGAGGCGCUGCCGGACAGCAACCUGGGCAACAUGGCCCUGCAGUACCUCAAGCAGGAGAAGAAGGUGCAGCGCCUCGUGCAGGACGUGCGCUCCUCCUCGAUCUCGCAUAAGGACGACAUCGCCGACCUGCUCGCGCGCGGUGGCGUUCGUGCCGGCAUGGACACGCCCAACUAAUUUGUGCCCUAAAGUGAAUUGGCCUCAGCCAGAGUAAUAGAUGUAUCAUUCAAAACG